UAUCUCAAUGGCAACGGGACGGGCGAUGGGUUGUAUUAAAAGAAACUAGAUUUAAAAGACAUUCGAACGGUUUUAGUGCGACAGUGUUAUUUAAAGAUAUUACAAUGUCGACUGCAAGUUGACUUAGUAAUUUCAUAUGAAACUGCGGGACACUUUAAUGUCUACAUGUAACAUCGCAGCUGGGAAUAUAACCAUACACGCGUUGGAACCAAAUUUCACCGGGAAGAUUGUGCAUUACAAAGGCUAUGCCAAUUCCAACGCAUCACUUCCGUGCCCAGGACUGUCAAAAUUAAAUAAUCAAACUUUUCUUGAAAACCUCGAGUGGUAUUCGGUAACAAAGCAAGAAACUGUGGCUGUAAGAACGAAAGAAGAUUUCGAUUUUCCGAACACGCUGAUCGAUCCAAAAAAGAACAUUUACGCGAAUUUUGACAAUGAAUUAGUGUUUAGGAACCUCACCUCGGCCGAUCGUGGGGAUUAUAUAUGUUUAAUUAAUCAUGGACUUUUAAAGGAUGUGAUGAUUCGGUUUAAUGUUAUCGACGUUCCAGACCCACCCGGCCGACCAUUAAUUACGUACUUCGCAGCCAGAUCUGCUAAUCUCUCAUGGACACCACCAAAGAAAAAUGACGGUAACAUCACUAACUACACGGUCGUAAUUAGGAAGCAUAUAGAGAAACCAGAUCUGGAAGAAGACAGCAUACCGAAGAGCACAAAUUUCACGACCAAGGAAGUGGAGACUCUGAACAACAAGACUUCGUUUCAUGUGGAAAACUUGCGGCCUUACACAGUUUAUAGCUUCCAGAUAAUAGCUUGGAACGAAAUGGGUCCGAGUAAUUUUAGCAAACCAUCUUACUUUAUGGUCACUUUGAGAGAAGUUCCAGAAGCAAGAAUUCCUUUCACUGCCCGUAACGUGUCGGAUCAUUCAGUGUUCCUCAGUUGGAAUCAGCCUAAUAUCGACUACGUCAAUGGAGACUUUUUGGGGUAUCGUCUGACCUGGAGACCGCUGAGCGGAAACAAUCUAACUGAAGAGAAGUACAUUCGAAAUUCCAGUGUUACUGCACACAAAAUUACAAACCUACGUCCUCAUACUUCCUACCACAUUGGCUUAAGCGUUUUCAACCCCGAGGGAUUCGGUCCAAAUACAACUUUACUAAUUCGCACUGACGAAGGCAUUCCAAGCCCUCCCAGGAAUCUCACUGUAAUAAAUGUUACUGAUACAACUAUGACCCUACAGUGGAUCAUUCCUGAGCAACCCAAUGGAGUGAUAAAGGGCUACCGGAUUUAUUAUGAUGAUGGAGUCAACACAUUAUAUGUCACGGAUAAAUCGGACUUAGGAGAGUUCGUCAAAACAUUUGUCCUUACUAACCUGGUUCCUGACAAAAAAUAUGCUCUCAAAGUUAAAUGCUUCAACCAUCGAAAUGAGGGAAACUUCUCAGAGGUAACAGUGGGCCGCACUGAUAUUAAAGGCCCCAGUCCUCCUAUAUUGACAAAUGUUUCAUGCGAAUAUAAUAAUUCCAUUCUGGUGGAAGUUAGUCGACCAACUACUUCUCUCGGUGUCUUUGAUGAAUAUUACAUUGAUGUAUAUGAAAGUGGUCUUCUCUAUAAAAACAUGAUACUGCCUACUGAGAAGGGAUUCCUUUCUGCAUCGUAUAUUUUCCGUAACGUAACACCUAGACUUCACUAUAGUAUUCAGGUUUACGCCGCAGCUCGAAGCGGUCGUACCGGGAACUACGUGAUAGGGGAAAAAUCUCGGUUCAAGACAGUAUUUGUUACGGAAGGUUGUCAUGUGACUUCUGAGCCAUUUACUGAGUUAUGGGCUGGGAUAUUAGCUGGUUUUUUGUGUGCUGUCCUCGUACUAGUUCUUGGAGGAGGAUCAUAUCUAGUGUGGAAGCGUUAUCUUCAACCACCUUACUAUUACUUGGAUAAUACACAUUGCGCUCCAGCUGCCUUAGAUUGGAACAAUCGUCCACCUCCUAGAAACGAAGCUGAUGCAGCAAAUGACGAAAAUGAUGGCAGACGUAGAGAUUACAGCGGUCCGAUCGAAGUCGGGAGAUUUCACGAUCACGUGCAAAGAUUGCAUGCGGAUGGAGACAUUGGGUUCAGUAGGGAAUAUGACUCUAUCCAGAACGACCCUACUAAUGAAGGAAAUAGCUCUGAAAACUCGCAACAUCCCGAUAACAAGCCGAAAAACAGAUAUUUGAAUAUUAUUGCUUAUGAUCAUUCGCGUGUACAGUUACUACCGAUGCCAGGCCAAAAAAUUUCAACCUAUAUAAACGCCAAUUACAUCGACGGGUUUCUAGUAAGCAAAGCUUACAUUGGCACUCAAGGUCCGCUCCCUUCGACUUUUGACUGCUUCUGGAGAAUGAUCUGGGAACAGAGAGUUACCAUUAUUGUGAUGAUUACAAAUUUAGUUGAAAGAGGCCGGCGAAAAUGCGAUAUGUAUUGGCCCAAGGAAGGUUCAGAGUUAUAUGGUUUCAUUCAAGUGAAAUUGGUGAAAGAAGACGUGAUGGCGACAUAUACCGUCCGAACCUUGGUUAUCCGGCAUACCAGGGUAAGCAUUCCGGGAAACGUUAAAAGAGCUAAAGAUAUAUCAAUGGCGGAGAAAACCGUGUAUCAGUAUCAUUACACCAAUUGGCCCGAUCAUGGUACACCCGACCACCCUUUACCAGUGAUAAGUUUCGUGAAAAAAUCUUCUUUGGCCAAUCCGCCUGAUAGUGGUCCAAUUGUUGUACAUUGCAGUGCUGGUGUUGGGAGAACUGGAACAUAUAUAGUGAUCGAUGCAAUGUUAAGGCAGAUCAAGGCCAGGGGAGAAGUGAACGUGUUCGGGUUUCUAAAGCACAUAAGAGCUCAAAGAAACUUCUUAGUGCAAACUGAAGAGCAAUACAUCUUUAUACACGAUGCACUUUUGGAAGCUAUAGACGCAGGUGAAACUGACAUUCCACGUGAACAGUUUGCUCGUUACGUCGAAGUGCUGCAGAAUCCCGAUAGUCGUUCGGAAGAUGAGAGGGCAUGGAAAGUCUUGGAUGAACAAUUUCAGCAAGUCAUAAAGUUCAAGCCACGAGAUUUUAACUUAGUCUCGGCUAACAAACCAGUGAACCAAAAAAAGAAUAGGUGUGCAGUUCUUGUACCGAUUGAAAGUGCCAGAGUUCAUCUCACACCCAGACCUGGAGAGGAUGGAUCGGAUUAUGUAAACGCGAGUUGGUUACCGGGAUUUCACAGUCUACGAGAAUUCAUUAUUACUCAACACCCAAUUGCCAAAGAGGAAUUCUGGAAAAUGUGCUGGGAUCACACCUGUCAGCUCGUAGUCAUGCUCAGCAUUAUUGACGGCGAGGAAUUCGAGAAGUUUUGGCCCGAAGCAGACGAAGUGAUUAAAACGGAUGUUUUCACCUGUGUUCAAGCGAACGUCAACAAGUCUACACCAUUUAUCACGAGAGAAUUUCUACUGAAAUCUCUGCAGGAUGACUUCGAAAUACGAACAAAAUUUGUUCAAAGUCUGAAUUGGCCUCAUCAAGGAGUUGCUAGUAUUAAAAAUAUGUACGAUUUGCCCAACUAUGUUACAAGCCUACAGAAAGAAAAUCAGGGGCCAGUAUGCAUUGUGGACAGAUUUGGUGGUACUGAAGCAGCUACGUUCUGCGCCUUGGUAACCCUGAAACGACAUUUGGCUUAUGAGCAAAAGGUUGACAUCUAUAUGUAUGCAAAGCUAUAUCACAAUAAAAGACCGGGUCUGUGGCUUUCUGUAGAUGACUACAUGAAAUUGCAUCUUUGCGUUCAAACUGUAAGCUCCGAACCCGAAAAAUAUCUUGAAGAAGUGCCACCAGAUCUCUACACGCUUGCUAAUGGAGUUUCGAAAACUCGAACCACCUCGAAUUGUUCUGGAAAAUCAUCAAACUACUCAGAUCCACAACCGGGCUAUUCUAGGUCUCCAGAUGGUUACUCGGCCUCUGUAGCUGUUACUAUCGAGCAGGAUGGUGAGCGUCCAUCUACGUCGAAGGAUGUGGGAUUUUCAGCGGGCAGUUUGCAUGAUAGCAAAAAUGAUUUGGAGCGAGUUCCUCCUGAAGUGGUACCGCUGUUAGGAAAUCUGGAGACCUUUCCUUAAUUCCGUUCGUUUGUAUUAAAAUUAAAAAGAUAGUAAGUUUCGAGAUACCUGCGAACUAGAUUGAGUUCCUUCAAUAUUUAUAAAUAGUUUGUUAAAUGGAGCGUUGAUGAAACGUUUAUUUUCAUGCUUCUUAUAGUUAUUUAUUUUUCGUCUACCGUGGCUGAUGAAUACGUUCAGGCCAGUAUAGUUAAUAAGGUAAUGUUCAAUGUUUUAAUCAUGUAAACUAGUGAUCCUGAAUUUCGACAUUCUUAACUCCCUUGAAGGGGUUUACUGUCAUGGAAUAUAAUUCCUGAUAUAAUAUAAUAAACCUGGCAUCCAAAUGGUGCAAAUUAUACAACAUAAUUUUAACCGUGAAAUAUAUAUUUUGUUUAUUCUA